UCAUAUAAAGGGGGCGAGAGCGGCUAACUGGUCACUCACGUUGCGAAUCGUCGAUCGGGGGACUCUUCGCUGUCCUACACGAGUAACUUUCUACGAAACGAACAAAGCUUUUGAAAAAAGUACGCGGUCGCUGAUUAAAUAAAAUACAAUCGAAAAAAUGGCGAAAGCACCCGCAGUUGGUAUCGAUCUUGGCACGACAUAUUCCUGCGUCGGCGUCUUCCAGCACGGCAAGGUCGAGAUCAUCGCCAAUGAUCAGGGUAACCGCACAACGCCCAGCUAUGUGGCCUUCACGGAAACGGAGCGUCUCAUCGGAGAUGCCGCCAAGAAUCAAGUCGCCAUGAAUCCCAACAACACCAUUUUCGAUGCCAAGAGGUUGAUUGGACGUCGCUUUGAAGAUCCGACUGUUCAAGCUGACAUGAAGCACUGGCCUUUCACCGUGGUAAACGAUGGUAGUAAACCAAAGAUCCAAGUACAGUACAAAGGAGAGAUGAAGACUUUCUUCCCUGAAGAAGUGAGUUCGAUGGUCCUGGUAAAAAUGAAGGAAACCGCAGAAGCUUACCUAGGCAAGACUGUGACCAACGCCGUGAUCACCGUCCCCGCUUACUUCAACGACUCGCAGCGUCAGGCAACCAAGGACGCUGGUACCAUCUCGGGCUUGAACGUAUUGCGUAUCAUCAACGAGCCCACCGCUGCCGCGAUUGCAUACGGUCUUGACAAGAAGGCAACCGGCGAGCGCAACGUCCUGAUCUUCGAUCUUGGUGGUGGUACCUUCGAUGUGUCCAUCCUGACCAUUGAGGAUGGCAUCUUCGAGGUUAAGUCCACGGCUGGUGACACUCACUUGGGCGGUGAGGACUUUGACAAUCGCAUGGUCAAUCACUUCGUGCAGGAGUUCAAACGCAAGUACAAGAAAGACCUGACCUCGAACAAGCGCGCGCUCCGCCGUCUACGCACAGCCUGCGAGCGUGCGAAGCGUACUCUGUCGUCGUCCACGCAGGCCAGCAUCGAGAUCGAUUCGCUUUAUGAGGGAAUUGACUUCUACACCUCCAUCACCCGAGCUCGCUUCGAGGAACUCUGUGCCGAUCUCUUCCGCGGCACUCUGGAACCCGUGGAGAAGUCGCUGCGUGACGCCAAGAUGGACAAGGCUCAGAUCCACGACAUUGUCCUCGUCGGCGGUUCCACCCGUAUCCCCAAGAUCCAGAAGCUUCUGCAGGACUUCUUCAACGGCAAGGAGCUUAACAAGUCCAUCAAUCCCGAUGAGGCGGUGGCAUACGGUGCGGCCGUACAGGCGGCCAUUCUGCACGGCGACAAAUCCGAGGAGGUACAGGAUCUGCUUCUGCUCGAUGUCACGCCGCUCUCCCUGGGUAUCGAGACUGCUGGCGGUGUCAUGACCGCGCUCAUCAAGAGAAAUACCACCAUCCCAACGAAGCAGACUCAGACCUUUACCACCUACGCGGACAAUCAGCCGGGCGUGUUGAUUCAGGUCUACGAGGGUGAACGCGCCAUGACCAAAGACAACAAUCUGUUGGGCAAAUUCGAGCUCAGCGGUAUCCCACCUGCGCCACGUGGAGUUCCUCAGAUCGAAGUCACCUUCGACAUCGAUGCCAACGGUAUUCUCAACGUCUCCGCCGUGGACAAGUCCACCGGUAAAGAGAACAAGAUCACCAUCACCAACGACAAGGGUCGCCUCAGCAAGGAGGACAUUGAGAGGAUGGUGAACGAGGCAGAGAAGUACCGUAGCGAGGACGAGAAGCAGAAGGAGACGAUCUCGGCUAAGAACGGCCUCGAGUCGUACUGCUUCAACAUGAAGAGCACGGUCGAGGAUGAGAAGCUCAAGGAUAAGAUCAGCGCAACCGACAAGCAGACGAUCCUGGACAAAUGUAACGACAUCAUCAAGUGGCUCGACGCCAAUCAGCUCGCCGACAAGGAGGAGUACGAACACAAACAGAAGGAGCUUGAGGCUAUCUGCAACCCGAUCGUCACAAAACUCUACCAAGGUGCUGGCGGUAUGCCUGGUGGUAUGCCGGGUGGUAUGCCGGGUGGCUUCCCCGGAGCCGGCGGCGCUGCUCCUGGUGGAACCCCCAGCGGUGGCGCAUCUGGCCCCACCAUCGAGGAAGUCGAUUAAAGAAACUACUCCGAUUUCGACUUGCCACUGCCCACUAUCAUCACUACCAUCGCUACGCAUUCCCUUAUGCGCGAUGACAAAAAAAAGGAAAAAGAAAAAACGAAUACAUGAACAUAGAAUUAUUAUACAGCUGCGAUCUUUGCUUGAAUCCGUUUGCACACGGACGUCCCCUUUAGCGUCGUCUUUUAAAAGUUCCUGUAGUUCUCUCUUUUAUACUUCGAAAUAAAUAUAUGUUUUAUUUACCUAUUUUUUUUGUAUAGUGUACUUACGAUUUAUUUUCAAAGAUCUGUUGUUAAUCUUCUAUGUUCCAAUCUUCGUAAAUAAAUAUAGAAUAAAUAUAGAACAAUUCCAAAAAUAAAA